UACAGCUGAAACUCUCUCUCUCUCUCUCUCUCUCUCUCUCAUCUCUAAUGGCGACAACGCUUCGGUGCCCUCAAGGAGCGGUACCGCUUCCGUGGAGGGGAAGAAGGCCCAACGGCAGCAGAGGCCCCCGCCACUGCCAGGUGCCGAACAUCCAGGCGUUCCAGCGCAGCGACAUAGGAAGCUUCGCGAAGGACGCGUGGCGGAGCGCCAACGACGGAUUCGAGCGGUUCCUUUUUGAGGCGAAGAAGACCGCCGAGCGCCUCGACCGUCAGUACGCCCUCUCCCGCCGCUUUGACACAAUCGCUCGCUCCGCCGUCGAUCGCGCCAGAGAAAUCGACAGAGAACUCGAGAUUGGAACGCGCUGGCGCGCCUUCAGCGUGGAUUUCAGCAGAAAUUGGCCUAGGUACAGGAAGCAGCUUUCUGAAUUCAUGGAGGCCCCAUUGGGAAGAAGCUUUGCGACAAUUUUCUUCCUGUGGUUUGCAUUAUCCGGAUGGCUGUUUCGGAUAUUGAUUUUCGCUACAUGGGUUCUGCCGUUUGCUGCUCCUCUUCUCAUCGGAGCAGUUGCCAACAGCCUUGUUAUUAAGGGCGCUUGUCCGGCUUGUAAGAGGCAAUUUGUUGGUUACAAGAACCAAGUAAUCCGCUGUGGAAGCUGUGGAAACACCGUGUGGCAGCCAAAAUCAGACUUCUUCUCAAGAGACGGUAGAAGAGGCCCUUCUUCUUCGUCAAAGUCAGAGCCGGAGAUUAUCGAUGUUGAAUUUGAGGAGAAAUGAAGAGAAACCCAAGAUGUGGGGCAAGCUCGCGUAUGCUCUAAUCUAGAGAACGGAUAAAUUGUCGCGUUUUUACAAGAAAUCUCCCUUUGUGUCAGAGACUCUAGCUUGUAUCAUCAUCUGAAUUUCGUGGAGCAUGUCUCGUUUGAUGGAUCAAUCUUAAGAGCAAUACAAAUGACGUACCCGCAAGAAAUGCUGGCAUCACACGAUGAGUUCGAAGAUUUAGAAAACUAUAGCUUUUACAGGUUUGCUAAACAUCAAGUGUGCAUCUGUAAGAGAUUAGAAAUGCUUGAUGUCCAGACCAAAGUUUGGUUUUCAUCUUUAAACAAGAGCUUGAUAUC